AUGCUGACGCUGAAGCGACAAGAACCAACAACUCUGGGACUCGUCGACAUGAGUGGACACCUCACACGCGAGGGCGAAGAUACACAGAGUGUGACGGACGCAAACAGUCACAUUAUGAAUAUCGGACGCCUGAUUGAGGAAAUGGAGAACAAAAUCCGAAACCAGCUGCAAGAGAUCUACUUUGGUAAAACACGCGACAUAAUGGAUCAGCUUCGGAGUAUUGAAGACCUCGAGGCAAUGCGCCUCGCACGGCAGGUGCAGGAAGAACUCCGUGGAGGCUGGGAGCGUUAG